AUGCAGGCAUAUCCUCUACAAGCUCAAGCGCACGUUCGCCACUCACGACAACAACAUCACAGCACAUGCAGUGAUCGUGCUAAUGUUCUUUGUGCUGGCAGCGUCACUCCUGCUGACCAAUAUUCCUGCAUCGGCCAACGACCGCAUAUACGUAAAGACGCUGUACGAGCUGACACAGUCAGCCAACCUGACGCGGCCGGUCACGCAAAUAAUCGUAUUCGGCAAUGCCGGCACCGACGCGCACCGGACGCAGUUUUGCGGAGGCAAGCUCUGGAUCGACCACAUGGCCGAGGCCCUGGGCGCCGACCUGCAGUCGUUUGCACACGGCUACUCGGUCACGCUUCCCAGACUCCACAGCGACUCCACGGUAGUUGGUGGGCAGGCCGCAGCGCAAAAACCUUGCCAGUCAGGGACAUUGAAGAGCAGGCUGAGAUGAUCAUGGAUCUGCAGCCGGCCAGCGACCGCACGCUGUUUGUGCUUGUCACUGACCCGGCGAACGGCCCGGCGCUGGACAAUGUUGUGCGUGCCACUAACCGGCUCAUCCUGGAUCCGCGGACGCGCGCCCGUCCGGCUCUUGCUGAUCGACCAGCCCUCGAUCCACACCAGGUCGAUUACCAAUAA